AUCUCAAUUUCAAAGCAAACAUCCCAUUUGUAUUGUCAAGUGCUCGAGGGUCUGCAGCAUGUGCUGUUAAUGCAGAUACACAUCAUCUCUUAACUCCUGCUGGGAAUUAAUCUAUCCGUCUUCCUUCUCUCCUUCCAGUUGACCAAAGUAUGUUUGAGAACUCCGUUGCCCAGCAGCAGAGUCCUCAGACGUCCAGGCCCGGCCCCCCCUCGGCCCGCCGCCCCCCAGCAUCAGCUAGCCACAACCUGGGGUCCAGCUCUGUCGACUCUCCUUCCUCCGGAGGACAGCAGAGGCUUAAGAAUGCCAUUAACCUGGGCAAGGCUGUCGGGGCAAAGGUCAAUGACUUGUUAAGAAGAAAGGAGUCCAGCCACCUAGGGGACAUUGGGGUCACAGAGGUCAACAAGAACGUUGAUGUGGUGUGGAGCUGUAUGGAGCAACUCAAUCAGACCACUGCAAACAGUCACAUCUCUUCCUUCGACUCCUUCCCCCGGCUGGACCCACCACCCCCGACGGGGAAGAAGCGUCUGCCCCGGGCUCUGAAGACCCAGGACAUGAUGAUCUCCUCUGACCCCGUGGUCUCCUCCCCGGACCCCGCUGACUCUUCCUCCUUCCUCUCCUCUCCCGAGAAGUCGCCCCUCAUCGGCCCAGAGGAGCCGAGGAGCAGUGAGGAGCAAAAGGAGGACGAGGGGUCAGAGGAGACCCCCCUGGGCCCCGCAGAGAAGAAUGCUGAUCGCUGGGAGAAGACGGGGAGCAACGGAAAAGUCCAUGGAGUCACAGGUGGAGGAGAAAACGAGGUGGAGAACGGGAGCAGUGACGGAGGCGAGGAGGAACAUCAGCCCCAGCUCUCUGUGCCGGACCUCAUCAACAAAGACCCCCCGAUGGUGGAGCCCAGAGCCAAGCCCUGCGACGUCUGGCAGAAAGCGUCGGGGCCCGAGUCCCGUCUGGCCUCCACCCCUACGGGGAAGACCUCCUGCCGCAUCAGCCUGGGCGAAGACAUCCUGCUGGGGAACGGCGCCCCCUGCAGUAAAGGGGCUGAAGACCUGGAGCCCCACCCAGACCUGCUGUCGUUUGAGUAACAAGCCAGAUUCCAGAUCAGUACGUCUCAAAAAGUUUCUGCUCUUCAUUCCAACUAAAGAGGUAAUUCAAACGGACUGAUGGAGUACUGAUCAAACAUUCACUGCCACUUUGAAAUACUUCCUGCUCCAGGGUUUGCUUUAGGGAAAGGGAACACUUCCAGGAAUCAGGACAUGGCCCGGAUCUUUAGGAACUUUUUACCAAGACACUGCAAGCUUCAUGCAGAGGGAUUACAUCAUUUAACAUUUCAAACUAUAAAACACACAUAUAUUAAGGAUUCCUUUUUUCAUUUAGUGUUUUAACACUUCCAAAGUUUUAUAUCAUGUAACCUCUGCUUUAGUUAUGAAGAAAUAUCAGAUAAUGAAUUUAAUUGAAGAAAUGAAAUAUCCCUUUUAAUGGGCGGAAUAAGUAAAAACUACUCAAUUCUGACAAAGAUUAUUACUUUUAAAGAAUGUAUUAAGUUAAUAUAGUAUCAUGCCAUUCAUUUUAAAAGGGAUAUUUGCUUCAUAAUGGUCACACUGUAAGUCCAUAUCCUACAUAAGCUUCUACUAUGAAACCAAUUACAAUAUAUAUAAAGCAAUAUCUUUUACCUUCAAUAUAAAUAUAAGUUAUAGCAGAUUUUUCGUCAGUGUCAUUUCCAGCAUGAAAACUGAAUACACAAAGAGGGAAACAAGAUGGAGUGCGGACGUGUUAAAGAUGGAGAGGUUUGGGGGGGGGGGGGCUUCACUUUCAGUUCAUUCGGUACAAAAUGUCUUGCAGCAGUUUCUCAGAUUGUGUCAGGACUGGAAGACUUUUGACCCGUACUGUAGCUUCAUUCAUAUUAAGUAAUGUAUCCCCCUAUUGGUCCAGAAGGAGGUAUACAUAAUUCCCCUCCUACACUGGCCUCUGGCACAGAUUGUGAUCCUGAAAAUGACCUCUUUUUAUUUUUUAAAGUAAGAUUAUUGACCUGCAUCCCAAUCAAUAGGUCACCUCUGUUUUGAUUUAUUUAUAUUUAAGAAAUCUGGGAUAGUAAUUUUAAAAAGAAAAACAAGCAGGUAAAAUAAGAAACAGUGCCAAAACCAUGCUAGAUUUGUAAGAGUUAGGAUUUUUGAAAGGACAUGUAUUGCUCUUUGCUGGAUCUGGAUUAAACAGUGUUUCCUGGCAGCAGCAAACUGAGUUUCAGAACGGAGGAAACCAAUACUACAUUUAAAAGACUGUUGGUAUUAUGUGGUGCUGGCAUAUUGCAAUAACAAAUGAGGCAGCUUUGCCCUGGACCCCAGUCAAUAUGAACUAAUAUGUCCUGAGCAAAUAUUGGUAGAAACAAAAUUGAGCAAUUUGUGGGACCAGAUUGAGAGAAUUUAAAUGAGCGCAUCUCUGGUCCAAAAUGAGAAUGACUUUCAGGCUUCAUUACUGCUGACAUUUUUUUAUUUUAUGAACUGAAAGUAGAAUCUUAUUACACCCCGAAACCUGACAGAGUCUGGAUGAAAGGAUGUGCUGCUGAGAAGUUGUUUUCCAGCUAAAGAGCCCGAGAAGAUAAUGAGCUGUCAACAGAGAGAGAUGAAAGGUGUGCUUAAUCACAGAGUGACAGACCAAAGACAAAAGAAUUAGCGGCUCGAUCUUGUUUUGUCAGAUUGUUUUGAGUUGAAAGGAAGCAAUAAUUCAUGAGGAAUAUAUAAUCUUCUCCUUAAUGUUAUGGAAAAAUGUAAACCAAAGUCAGAGCGUUUCAAAUAUUUAAUAGCGAUUCAC